AUGGCUGCAGUAUCGCCGGCCGAACAGCUGUCAGACGAUCUUCUCUCCGCUAUCCUCCAUCGCGUCGGCCGAUCCGGUCAGUUCCAGCACGCGCUUGUGUGCAAGAAAUGGCAUCGCAUCGCCCGUAGCGUGCACGACCACAUCCAGAUUCGCGAAGAGCGUCGCAUGCGUCCUCGCGAGCUGCUCGCACUACUCUCGUCAUUCCCAAGGCUCCGAAAGCUCGUCCUCGCCGUCGGCAGCAUCACAUCCGUCCCUGACUCCCUCCUCUCGGGGAUUGCCGACACGUGUCCAGAUCUGACAGACCUCCACGUCGAUUCGAUGGAACGAGAGUGCCGGCAGGGGGGGUUCACUGAGAACGCACUCUCGGAUUUCCUGGAGAAGUGCACGCGGCUGGAGGGACUUCAUCUUCAUUGUCAGUCGAAUCUGACCGCCAUUCCCGCGUCAAUCGGCGGCCUUUCGUCACUCAAGAGCCUGCACAUCACCGACAGGGGGGGGAUCGCUCGCCUUCCAGACGCGUUCACCUCGUUACAGGCACUCGCGCAUCUCGUGAUUGAAAUGCGCAGCCUGGUCGAACUGCCUCAGGGCUUCGGCAAUCUGAGUCGGCUCAAGACGCUCCGCCUGAACGACUGCAUGCAUCUCACUUCCAUUCCCGAUUCUUUGGGGCAGCUUACUGGCUUGAUGCAACUUUCCUUCAGCGGGUUCGAGAGGCUUCAGCUGCCCGAAUCCAUUUCCAAUCUUUCAUCGCUACUGACCUUCGAAAUUUUCAACGGCCUCAUCCUUUCACCGCUGCCCGAGGGGUUAGGGAACCUGCCGGCGCUUGAAACCCUACGUUUGGAGGAUGUGGGGGGGAGCACAGAUCUGCCCGAGAGUAUCGGGCAGCUGCUUUCCUUAACGGACCUUAUCCUCGUGUGCCGAACACUCCAGCAUCUGCCUCACGACCUCGCUCGUCUGCCACGCCUACGCGCGCUCAAGCUAUACGUUGGAACUGCCGUGCACCUGCGUCCCUCCACAUACCUUGCCACUACACUCAAAGACCUCACGAUUGACAACUCUGCAACUCUACAUUCUCUGCCCGAGGAAUUCGGGCAGUUGACUGCCCUAGAGGCCCUGCGCCUGGUUGACCUUUCUGAGCUCCACAGCCUGCCCGCGUCGCUUGGCAGCUUGAGGAGCCUCAAGGAGCUGAAAAUAUCCCAUUGUGCGGCGCUGGCACAGCUUCCAGACGGCCUGAGCCUGCUGUCUUCUCUCGAGCUGCUGGACAUCAGUCACUGCUGCAAGCUGGCAGCACUACCGCAGGGCAUGGGGGAUGGCCUGCAUCGCCUGCGCAGACUGAUUCUGGUCCAAUGCACAGCUGUCGCCCACCUCCCUCCAUCCUUCUCUGGCCUCUCCUCACUCGAAACCCUAGAAAUCAGUGACGCAACCAGCCUAGGCACGCUACCAGACGUGUUUUCCCACUUGACAAACCUUAAGGAGCUCUCUUUUUACUGCUUGCCGCACCUGUCCGCCCUGCCUCCCUCCCUCCCUGCCAUCGGCCGUUCUCUCACCAAGCUCGAGCUGCUCGAUUGCCCGCAAAUCACAGCGCUGCCGGAGGAAAUCGGACGGCUGGGAGCGCUUGAAAGACUCACGCUCUACAGUCUACCCAACCUGAAGUCGCUCCCUCGCUCACUGUGUCAGCUGCUGCAUUUGAAAAAACUGCAAUUGAAAUACUGCAACGCGCUGCAGUCACUGUUUGGGGAGGAAGACCAGGGAGCCGCAUCACAUGGCCGUGGGGCGGGAACCACCCGCCUCGAGGUACCUGGUCACACGGGUAGCAGCAGUGCCGCUGACAGCUGUUUGGGAUCCGAGGAGAGUGGCACGGAUGACUUCUGGAAGCUCUCUGCUUUGAAAGAACUCUUGCUCUCGUCACUGCCCAAACUCCGCAGCCUGCCCGAAUCUUUUGCCCAGCUGCCCGCGCUGGAGAAGUUGGAACUGUUCGACUGCAAGCGGCUGACUCAAUUAUCCUCGGGCCUUGGGCAGAUGCGGAAGCUGCAGGGAUGCAUUGUCUCUAGCUUCCACCGGCGGGAGCCAAAUUUAAGGUCCGUGAUUCACGCAGCGAACCUGGACGAGGGAGAGCGCGUGGUGGAUGACUCACAGGUUGGGGAGGAGGAGGAGGAAGAGGAUGACUCGGAGGGAGAAGAUGACUCAGAGGACGAGGAUGAGGAGGGCGAGGAUGAGGAGGAGGGGGAGGAUGAGGAGGAGGGGGAGGAUGAGGAGGGAGAAGAUGAGGAGGAGGGGGAGGAGGAGGAGGGCGAGGAUGAGGAGGAGGGGGAGGAGGAGGAGGGGGGGGAGGAUGAAGGGGAAGGCGGGACAGCGGAGGAGGAUGAGGGACGUGAAGGCGAAAGGAGUGAAAGGGAGGGGAGAGAGGGGAACGAAGGCGAGGGGAGCGAAGGGGAGGGGAGCGAAGGGGACGGGGAUGAAGGGGAGGGGAACAAAAGGGAGGGGAGAGAAGGGGAGGGGAGCAAAGGGGAGGGGAACGAAGGGAUUGGGGGCGAGAGGGAGGGGAGCAAAGGGGAGGUGAUCGAACGGGAGGGGAACGAAGCGGAGGGGAACGAAGGGGAAGGGAACGAAGGAGAGGGGACCGAAGGGGAGGGGAACGAUAGGGAGCGGAGCGAAGGGCCCGCGCGCGCCUGCUGUCCGCGCGCCCUGCUGCCCGCGUCGCCUGCUGCCCGCGCGCCCUGCUGCCCGCGUCGCCUGCUGCCCGCGCGUGCCCUGCUGCCAACGCGCCCUGCUACCCUGCGCCCUGCGUACGCCCUGCGGCCCACGCGCCCUGCACGCCCUGCUGCCCAGUGCCCCGCGCGCCCUGCUGCCCGCGCGCCCUGCAGCCCAUACGCGCCUGCUGCCCGCGCGCCAUGCAUCCCGCGUCGCCUGCUGCCCGCGCGUGCCCUACUGCCAGCUCGCCCUGCUGCCCUGCGCCCUGCGCGCCCUGCUGCUCCGCGCCCCGCGCGCCCUGCGCACCUUGCUGCCUCGCACCCCGCACGCCCUGCUUCCCGCGCGCUGCCCUAG